UGGCGUUGGUUGGUUCCUUGCAGCUCAGCUUCUUCACUAUGGUGGGCCCUGAUGGCAAUGAAUCUAGUGCCACAUAUUUUGUUCUAAUAGGCCUCCCUGGCUUGGAAGAAGCUCAGUUCUGGUUGGCCUUCCCAUUGUGCUCCCUUUAUCUCAUUGCUGUGCUAGGUAACUUGACAAUCAUCUACAUUGUGUGGAUGGAGCACAGCCUACAUGAACCCAUGUACGUUUUCCUUUGCAUGCUUUCUGGCCUUGAUGUCCUCACCUCCACUUCAUCCAUGCCCAAAAUGCUGGCCAUCUUCUGGUUCAAUUCUACUAUCAUCCAAUUUGAUGCUUGUCUGGUGCAGAUGUUUGCUAUCCACUCCUUGUCUGGCAUGGAGUCCACGGUAUUGCUGGCCAUGGCCUUUGACCGCUAUGUGGCAAUCUGCCACCCACUACGUCAUGCAACUGUCCUAACAUUGCCACGUGUUACCAAGGUUGGCGUGGCUGCUGUGCUUCGUGGUGCUGCACUCAUGGCACCCCUGCCAGUCUUCAUCAAACAUCUGCCUUUCUGCCGCUCCAACACUCUUUCCCAUUCCUACUGCCUACACCAAGAUGUCAUGAAACUGGCCUGUGCUGACAUCCGUGUUGAUGUCAUCUAUGGCCUCAUUGUCAUCAUCUCUGCCAUUGGCCUGGAUUCACUUCUCAUCUCCUUGUCCUAUCUGCUUAUUCUCAAGACUGUGUUGGGCUUGACACACGAAGCCCAGAAAAAGGCUUUUGGCACUUGUGUGUCUCACGUGUGUGCUGUUUUCAUAUUCUAUGUGCCAUUCAUUGGAUUGUCUAUGGUGCACCGCUUUGGCAAGCGGCAUGAUUCCCUCCUGCCGGUCAUCAUGGCCAACAUGUACCUGCUUAUCCCUCCUGUGCUCAACCCUAUUGUCUAUGGAGUGAAGACAAAGCAGAUCCGGCAGCGCAUCCUUCAUCUUUUCCAUGGGAUGACCCACACUGUAGAUACCUAGAAAUACGCAAUGUAGAUCAAACUUCUUAUUCAUGUGAAGUCCUUUAAUUUAGAUUUGUGGUGUCAACAUUUCAGGAUAUUUCCCUCUUUAGGGAAAAUUUUUUUCUUAACUAAAGCCCAACAGAUUCUUCAAAGAUGAAACUGGUUAAAGCAUCUCCAUGUGGAUAAGGGCAGCACAACCUUGUACUCCCAAUCCUUAUUUUUGAAUAUAACUCUUCCUUUUAGGCCUGGAGUGCCAUUGGGAUUGAGAGAAAUGGAAUGAAAGACAAAGACAGAUCUUUUAUUCCUAUUAGGGAAGCAAUGUGAUUAUUGCAAACAAAAAUCUUAGACACUCUGAAAAUAUAAAAAGAAGUAAUGAUAUAGUAAAACACCAAUA